UAUUAAUCGCCCUGUUAAUGAUGAACACGAGCCUCGCGGUAACGUGGGGACCUGACUGGCAGCUUGCUGCGCAGCUCUUAGGUCAGCUGGUAGCAGCUCGCCGAGCACAGAUGUGAGUGAGUUUGUUGAAUCAUGCGUGUUGACAGCGGCACUAAACCACCAUGGUAGAGCACAAUAUACGACCAGAUGCAGCCUGACAUCGUCUCAUAGCACAGGAAUGAAUGAAGCGAAGGCACACAUUUUAACUGGGAUUGUCUGAAGAAGCAGAGCUGGGAACAUUGGAGGGGAUAACGCUGCCCCUGCUGUCUUCCACCACCGAAGCCACUUUCUCCAGCGUUUGGUUGAAGACAGAGAUUUUCGCUGUUCCCAACAUUUUUUUUUUCUUUUCGACGUUUCCUGGCACUCGACGAUUGGGAACAUAUAUGAUGAAGUUUAAGCCUAACCAGACCAGGACGUACGACGGUGAAGGGUUCAAAAGACGAGCGGCGUGUUUGUGUUUCAAAAACGAAAAAGAGGACGAGGUGCUACUGGUGAGCAGCAGUCGACACCCAGACCAAUGGAUUGUGCCAGGAGGAGGAAUGGAGCCUGAGGAGGAGCCCUGUGGGGCCGCUGUCAGGGAGGUGUUCGAAGAGGCUGGUGUGAAGGGAAAGCUUGGCAGACUACUUGGGAUUUUUGAGCACAAUCAGGACAGAAAGCACAGGACAUACGUCUAUAUCCUCAUAGUAACAGAGACGCUGGAUGACUGGGAGGACUCUGUCAACAUCGGAAGGAAGAGGAAGUGGUUCAAGGUCGACGAAGCCAUCAAGGUUCUGCAGAGCCACAAGCCAGUCCACGCAGAGUACCUACGUAGACUCACAAACACCUGCAACCCCACCUGCGGUCCUGUGUGUAACCCGACUAACGGCAACAGCCCGAGCUCCCAAGUGACGGACAACAACGCUCCUCACUACGUCGUUUGCUCCACACAGGGCUCAGAUCUAGUCAACAGAUAGGACCAUCAGCGCACCAGCAGUGAGCAGGACGCCAGGAUGGACAUCGGAUCUGAAAAAGACUUGUGCAUUCAUUACAUUGUUAACACAGCCUCUUAGUAUGUACAGUACGGACCUCUCAAAGUUGAUUUGAAAGCCUUUUGAUGUGGGUGUGAAGAGUGCCAAAAUGUUCUCCAAGAAUAUUUAAGAUUUUAUAUGUAUAUUUUUUACCAUCACCAGCUAAUAGAGCAAAUGUGUUCCUUUAAAGCAUUAAGCUUUAGAUGGAUUUUCUCAGUGUGCUGCUUAUGCAAUGUAAAGAUCCUUCUUAGUCUUACAUGCUGAAUAUUUGAUUGGCAGCAGACACAGUGUUUGGUUGGUUUCCUGGAGGCCAGUACUGGGAAGUGUUGGCUCUUAGAGGAAGUCCUAUCCCCACAGUGACUCAGUGCUUAAUGAUGUCAUUCUGCAAAACAUUUUGAGGAUGAGAAGCUACAUGUGUAUGAAUAUUUUUAUUACAGCAAAACUAAUGUCACGCCACUAUGGUUCAAGUCUUCUGAGGUAAAGAGAGUGAGGACAAAGUCUACUUUGAUGUGACAACAUUGUGCCUCUUGUAAUUACCACCUUACAAGUACACACAAUAUCUCUAAUCAGUAGUAACAGUGUAAAAUUGUGAUAAAGAUUAGAAGACCAUCUGUGAACCAGCCACCACACUGGAAUGAAGACUUAAAUAGUCCUCCCUUAAACAUCCUUGUAUUUUACAUAUCUGUAACGGUGACAGGCUGAGUGUUGAAUUAAACUAAAUACAGUAUAUUGGCUGUAAUAAUAUAUCUUCUGUGAGGCAGAACAAACCUGCAGUCAAGUAAUCAAAACUAGAAUAUGCCAAAGAAAGAAAGACAGUAUUUGACACUACAAACACACAGGUUGUACCAUUCAAGAAAUAAUACAUAUCUUUUGAGGAAACUGUUAUUAUUAAGUGCAUUUGACAAAUGUGAUCAUCUGUUCAUGUCUAAGAAUACAAUAAGGAGGCCUUGGUUUUAGAGGGGAGUUGCAAUGUGUUGUGCUUUAGUCUGAUUUUAUUAAGUGCCUUCACAAACACAACAGUAAAAUGUGUUUAGUCUAUAAAUACUGUACUUACAGCACUGACUGGAAGCAGUGCAGACUGCCUUACACACACUAUUGAAACCAGCCCCUUUUACUUCUCCUAUAUAUAUAUAUAUAUAUAUAUAUAUAUAUAUAUAUAUAUAUAUAAUGCCCCUUUUCUGGUUAGAUUUGAACUAUGGGAUGUUGAAGGAAACUUGGGUUUGUUGAUACAAUUGAAUGAACAGUAUUUAGUAUGCGUUGACUGAAAUUAUUUAUUUAUGUUUCCCAGGGAACUACCCCCUCCCGUCACCAACAGGAAACUGUGACAGUUAGUCAUGAUGACAAUGUGGCCAGACUUUGUUCCCCCCAAAAGAGUAACAGUUUAGUUAUAAUUACAGUUCAUUGACCAUCAGUGGCUCUUGUUAUUAGGAGCAUGGGAAAUUAUUUAAUAACCAUCUUUUCUAUUUGUGCAUGUGUGACAGGAUUAUUCUGGUAUGCACCAUCAUGUUGUAUAUACAACCGUUUAAAUAAGAAUAAUAAAAAACGUUUGUUGAUAGUC